AUGGAGAAAAGGUUGGAAGUCCAGUCCAGCAUCGGUGCCCGAUUCCUGCCAGAGCCCGGCCCGGGACGAGCCGCGGGGCAGCUGCGCCUGCUCUGCCUGUGCGCCUGCCUCUGUGCCUUGUGCUCCUGCACAGAUGCAAAUUGGAACAGAUCUAAAUGCCAGCCAGGGAAAAUUUUGUUUGGUUGCCGUUUGAGAUCGUGGGACGAUGGCCACUUGCGGCUCCUGGAAGGAUUUCAUACUGUACAGUCCUGUCAGACUGCUUGCUGCCAGAGCCCUGCCUGUGAUGCCUUUUGGUUCUUGGAAAAUAUGUGCAUCCAGGUGAACUGCACUAUGCCUGGCAUAUGUCAGGCAAACAGGACUGGCUCUUCCGACUCCGUUUUGGUGUUUUUAAAGAAGUCAAAAAGCACAGAGCACUUGAAGGAUCACACAGAAGGUGAUGCAAAGAUCUGGCUUCACAAGUGGUUGGAUGGGGGCAUCUCUGCCCAAGAUAGAAAAAGACUGCGGAGAUCCUUCCAGAAAUGGAACUUGGCAGGUGGCAGAGUGGAUCUUCUUCAAAGGGAUAUAGUGGCUGUCCCAAGUGCUGAGACCACGGCUGGCCAGGCAGCUAGACCUCCAGAGAGCAAAUCCAGAAGACGCCGAAGUGAAACAGUGUCGAAGGAUCAAAUACUUAGGUCUUUAGUGCCAGACAGGCCUGUUCCUGAAGACCAUUCAGAUCAAAAGAAGGACUCGCUUGAAAAUGGACAGAAUUCAAGAGAGCCGAAAACCAAAAGCCCGUUCCCUCCUAAAAGCAAUAAUGAAACCAGAUCGAGUGAUGCAAAUGGCACUGGCCUUCUACAGGUCCACCCAGGAACAACUGCACCAGCACCACCAGCGUUGGCUACAUUCUCCAGUCCUGUAGUCCAGGGCUUGACAGCCAUUGGGAAGACUGUGAAACCGAAGCAGCCAGAUGAUGCUUUAGUCCAUCCUCACUCCUCAGACGUAUUGCCCACCGUCAGUUCUGUGAAGGGGAAAGCCACAAUGAGGAUGGAGGUUGCUACUUCUGUGCCAACUGGUGUUCCUACAAAUGACAGUGGUCCCGCUGUCCCAACUGGCGCUGCCGCAUCACCAAGUACUACUGUCCCUGCCCCAGUUAUAAAGGAGCUGGUAGUGUCUGCUGGAGACAGCGUCCAAGUGACCCUGCCAAAGAAUGAAGUUCUUCUGAAUGCGUUUGUGCUUCCUGAACCGCCACCUCACACCAGUUACUCCUAUGAGUGGGAACUCAUUACUCACCCAAAAGACUACAGUGGAGAAAUGGAAGGGAAGCGCUCCCACAUCCUUAAGUUAUCUAAGCUUACUGUUGGUCUCUACGAAUUCAAGGUCAUUGUUGAUGGGGAAAAUGCACACGGAGAGGGUUAUGUGAACGUGACAGUGAAUCCAAAGCCUCGGGUGAACCAGCCCCCCGUUGCCAUCGUGUCCCCGCAGUUCCAGGAGAUUUCACUGCCGACUAUUUCAACUGUUAUUGAUGGCAGCCAAAGCACUGAUGAUGAUAAAAUUGUCAGUUACCACUGGGAAGAACUGAAGGGUCCUUUGCGAGAGGAAAAGGUUUCUACUGAUACUGCCAUAUUGACACUGACCAACCUGCUACCUGGGAAUUACACAUUCAGUCUAACAGUAGUGGACUCGGAUGGUGCCAGCAACUCCACCACUGCAAGCUUGACUGUGAACAAAGCUGUGGAUUAUCCUCCAGUGGCAAAUGCAGGCCCAAACCAAGUGAUCACCCUGCCUCAGAACUCCAUCACCCUCUAUGGGAACCAGAGCACCGAUGAUCACAGCAUUGUCAGCUAUGAGUGGCUGCUGAGCCCCAACAGCAAGGGAAAGGUGAUGGAGAUGCAGGGAGUGAGGACACCAGUCUUACAGCUCUCUGCAAUGCAAGAAGGUGAUUACACUUACCAGUUAAUAGUGACAGAUUCUGCUGGGCAGCAGUCUACAGCAGAGGUCACUGUUAUAGUCCAGCCAGAGAACAACAAGCCCCCAAAGGCAGAUGCUGGUCCAGAUAAAGAACUAACUCUUCCUGUAGACAGCACCACUCUAGAUGGCAGCAAGAGCUCAGAUGACCAGAAAAUAGUCUCCUUUCUCUGGGAAAAAACACGAGGCCCAGAUGGUGUCAAGCUGGAGAAUGCCAACAGCAGUGUUGCCACUGUAACAGGCCUUCAAGUUGGAACCUACGAAUUUACUCUGACAGUUAAAGAUGAGAGGAACUUGCAGAGCCAAAGCUCAGUCAACGUGAUUGUCAAAGAAGAGAUAAACAAGCCACCAGUUGCAAAGAUUGCUGGAAACGUUGUCAUCACCCUGCCAACAAACACAGCUGAACUGGAUGGAUCGAAAUCUUCUGAUGAUAAGGGAAUCAUCAGCUACUUGUGGACCCGGGAUGAGGGGAGCCCUGCGGCUGGGGAAGUCUUAAACAAUUCAGACCAUCACCCUGUCCUCCUCCUCUCCAACUUGGUGGAAGGGACCUACACCUUCCAUCUCAGAGUAACAGAUGCCAAAGGGGAGAGUGAUGUGGAAAGGACCACAGUGGAAGUCAAACCUGAUCCUAGAAAAAACAACCUUGUGGAGAUUAUUCUGGAUGUUAAUGUCAGCCAGCUAACUGAGAGGCAGAAGGGCAUGUUCAUCCGGCAAAUAGGGGUUCUCCUGGGGGUCCUCGACUCGGACAUUACCGUACAGAAGAUUCAGCCAUACACGGAACAAAGCACCAAGAUGGUCUUCUUUGUAAAGAACCAGCCUCCCCAUCAGAUUUUCAAAGGCCGUGAGGUAGCGUGGACGCUCAAAAAUGAACUCCGGAAGCAGCAGUCUGAUUUUCUCAUUUUUCGGGCGUUAGAAAUUAACACAGUCACAUGUCAGUUGAACUGCUCUGAGCAUGGACGCUGUGACUCCUUCACCAAGCGUUGCAUCUGUGACCCCUUCUGGAUGGAGAACUUCAUCAAGGUGCAGAUGGGGGAUGGCGAAAGCAACUGUGAAUGGAGUGUGCUGUAUGUGAUCAUUGCAUCUUUCGUCAUUGUGGUUGCCUUUGGAAUCUUAUCCUGGAUGGUGAUCUGCUGUUGUAAGAGACGAAAAGGAAAAUCUAAAAGAAAAAGCAAAUACAAGAUUUUGGAUGCAACGGAUCAAGAAAGUCUGGAGUUAAAACCAAAUCCCAAAGCAGGUGGCAGGCAGAAAGCCCAGCUGCACAACACCAGCCUGAUGCACUCGGAGUCCGAGCUGGACAGCGAUGAAGCCAUCUUCACGUGGCCCGACCGGGAGAAAGGGAAGCUGCUCCGCAGCCAGAACGGCUCCCUGCGCAACGGACAAGUGAUGCUCAAGGCCAAGAACCAGAGGGAGGAAAUCCUAUAGCUUCCCCCAGGCUUUUGGCUGAAGCUCUGUGAAAGCUGCUCCUAUCCCUGUUUUAUAAGGGGGCUUUGGAGGUCGGUUUGGUUAGGACUGUGCUGCUAACUUGUUUCAGAGAAAAUAACUUUGUGGAUUUCUUUUAAUUCAGUUAAAACUGGUUGUACUUGAAUUGGACCGUCAAGGGAAAUCAAAGGGAGGAGGAGACAACUGUGAACCACAGACUACUUGUCAGGAAAACCACAGAGCUGGCAUCUGGGAUGCAGCGGGAUAGAACCACUUGGAGCAACUGUGAAUGUGCCGGACACUCCCAGCCCACCUCAGACUGCAGCAGAGGGAAAUGCCCAGGACCUUCCAGGUCAUUGGCCAUGGGGCUCCUUGGAGAAGGAAGGUCAAGGCUGAGCUGUGCUCUGAGCUCCCUUCAGGCUCCAGUAGCCUUGCAACGCUACUCCUGCUGUAGAACAACUCUUCCCUUUCACUCCCACCUUCCCUAGUCAUUUGAGCACUACUUUUCAUUUGAAUUUGAACCUGUCCUUUCACAUGCAUUGGCUUUUUGGAGCAUACAGGAGAGGGGAUCUAACCUCUGUGCUCACACUCCAUCAACCUGCAGCUGGGAGCGGGGUUUGGAGCUGUUCUCCUUGGGAAUGUUGAGGACGUGGUGCCUGCUCCGGAACGCUGACCCGUCUGUGCUGGUUGCUGGGCUGGGAGCCCCUCUCCUGCUGGGUGCCAGGGCCAGGCAGGGGACACCCACCUCUGGUGCCUGGUGUUUCACUUCACUCCAAAUCUGUGAGAUCUCCUGUGGCCCCAGCAACCUCCUUGGGUCCCCAAGCCCUCCGUGCAACUGGCUGUUACCAGCUGUAUCCUGAUUACGCCAUGGACUCUUAAUGUUUUUUUUCUUAAACUUUGCACAUCCCAGGCCAACGGGGGUUGGUGUCCUCAGUCCCCAGUGGUUGGCUCUUUCCCUGGAGCUGGAGGCCUUGCGUUGUGGCUCGGUUGUCCUGCACGUUGGUGGCACGACGGGACACCCACAUGUAAUGUCCCUGAGCCCGUGGAACAGGGACAUCACCAUCCCCGCGGGCCUCGGCAGCACCGCUUCCCUGCUCCUAGACUCCGGGAAACGCUUUUCCAGGAAUCAGGUGGGUGGUGGCCCUUUCCUAGCCCUGCUUCUUCAUCUCCCUGUGCUGCUUUCACGAGCUGCACCCCUGUCCCCGGCCAGCAAGGGGCCGCUCACUGGUGUGAAGGAUGCUGC